GCAGGUUAUUGGCAGCACUCUGGAACCGGGUCUAGUCGACCUCCACCAGAUCAGCCUGGCACCAUCUGGUCCGGUGGCUCCACCACCAGACGAGUCUUGGGAAUGGGAUGAAACGGACAUGACAAUCGCAGAAGUAGAACCACAAGAAGAACCAGACCUCGACCUUAUGCACAGCCUCCCCUUAGAACCAAAUCUGUCUUCGGACAGCUUUCUGUCCAAUGGGAAUCAACCCGACGGGAUUCGAAUCGGUGUCCCAGCCAGUCCGGAGAUGUUGUCCCAUGUGAGGGAUGGAUCCUCCUCAGAGGUUCAGCCCAGUGUGAUGUCUCUUAACAAUAAUAACGUCUACCAGGUGUACAGCCUGCAUAGUGUGGAAUUAUACAGACAGCCUCAGUUUCUUCACACUUCCUCCUCGCUGCACAAAACCAAAUCAGGAAAACGCAAACCACCGCAUCUCCUUCUUAAGAGUCUGAGUAAAGACUCCUCGUUCUCGUCUAUCGAAUCCCUCCCGGACCUUCUGGGAGGUUUGAUGUCAAACAGCCGAGGAGGAGACCGAGUCGUCGGGGAGAGGGAGAGCGGCAGAGGAAGCGGCCAGUCGGCGGUCAGCCGGCGGUCAGAGAGCGAGAGCGGGAUUGUCAGUGAUACAGGAGACACGGAGACCACGACAUCCAACUCUGAAAUCCAAGAAGAAGAUGAGGAUCAGGGAGGAGAGGAGGAGGAAGACGAAAGAAAGAAGCAGCAGACGUUUAAAACCGCAGACUGUGGUGUGCACAAAGACGACGUUACCAACCAAAGAACCAAGAAGGAGGAGAGUAUGAAGGAGAAAGGAUGGAGAAGGGAUGAAAUGAGAAAAAACAGAGAUGAGGAGAAGAGGAGGAGGCCCAGGAGGGGAGGAGGGGAGGCGGUUGAGAUCCUAAUCCACGGCCGUGGAAUCCUGACUCCAGCGGACUCCGACUCUGACUUUGAAGUGGGAGGACUCGGUGUGGACUCCUCCGAGACCUUUAAGUCCCGCAGCGACUUCACAGAGUUUAAUAUCAACAAGUUGCGCGGUUUGGAGACCCCUCCAGCUGUCAGCCGCCGGGCGUCCAGUCCGGUUCUAUCUCAAGGCUCCUCUCUGGAGUCCCUCCUGGCUGUGGGUGUGGAGUUAUUUCCCUCCAAAGACCAGCUGCACCGUAGCGCCUCUCUGGAGAGCUGCUUGGCCCCGUGUUGGAGCGCCGAAGACACCGCAGGCAGCCUGGCCAGCCUCGGGGAUCUGGACCUGAUUGGGCGGGGCACCGAGAUGGAGGGAGCGAAACCACGAAAUGAGAAGAAGAAUGAAAGUGUGCAAGGAGAAGUUCCCUCUGGGGAGCUGAGCCGAAGGACUCUGGAUCUCCUGAAACGCCUGGAGAACAUCCAGAGUCCUUUGGUGGCGACGAUGACCCGUAGUUUUUCAGACAUGACGCUUCGGAGCGUCUCCCCGCAGCGCAGCCAUCUCCCCGCCUCUCUGUCUCUGGGCGGUCGCCACGCCCCGCUUUCUGGGAUUUUGGGGUCUUCACGUAAAGGCCCCCCAUCCCUGAUCCACGAGAGCUCAGCGACAGCGUCUCUGACGGAGCUGAGUAGCGCCGAGGACUCGUCCGUGGGGUCGGAAGACUUCGCAGCGCUCGGAAAUCAACGCCACCUCUUCCUGGAUGCCGGCGUGGCAGCGGCCAACGCCAACUCGUCUUCUUAUGGGAAACGUUGCCACGGAAACGGCAGAGGAGGGCAAGGGACGGAUGAGGCGGACGCGGCCAGCCUGAGCCUGGUGGUGAACGUCUCGUGCAAGUCGGCCUGCACGGACGAAGACGAGGACGACAGCGACCUCCUGUCUUCCUCCACGCUCACGCUCACCGAGGAGGAGCUCGGCGUCAGGGACGAGGAGGACGAGGGGGACGGGGAGGACGAGAGGUUGAGCGGCGCCUCGUCCGGCAACGACGAAGACGAAGAGGAGAUGGAGGGCUCCUACGUCCUGGGGCUGGAGUACAUGAAGAGGGAGCUGCAGAGCUGGAUCCGAUCUUCCUCCAAGACAGAGGCCGGUCUCCGGGACGAGCUGCAGUGCGGGACCACCCUGUCCUCCGGCUCUCAAAAGAUGGAGCCGCACCGCUUUCAAAGGCGCUCCAAAUCUAUGGAAGCCAACGCCAUCGGUGGCAACAACAAGACAAAGAGAGACAGGAGAGGACGGGACGAAGAAGAGGAGGAGGAGGAGGAGAAGAACCGGAGGAACGCGACGAGAAGCUACAUCAGCCAGUUUGUGGACGACGUGGAGAACGGAAACGUGGACCCGAGCUGUGCGAAGGGGGAGGACGAGGACGACCAGCUCCUGCGGGAGGAGUCGAGCGUGUUCACCAAGAAGGGCGAGUCGCUGAGGGAGUCCUACGGGUUUGUCAAAAUGGCGGCGGCGGAUGACGGGGACGUGAUCGAGAAGACGGGAUCCAAGCUGCUUUCGCCGUCUCCGUCACGCAAGCUCCUCCCCUUUCUGUCCAACCACGCGUCCUCCUUAGUGGGACAGCUGAGAGGGGAGUUGCCCUGUCACAGCUCCUCCUUCCCCUCGCCUCCGUCCCUCUCCCCCGUCGAGGACUGCGUAUCCCAUGAUUCCUUGCACGCUGGCAGGCCGGCGGCCGGGGGACGGAAGGCCAUCACCAGUCAGGAAAAGUUCAAGUUCUCGUCUUUUGUGACGGAGGAGACGAGGAGGGAAGUCCGAGACAAAGAGACGUCCCUGCCGCCCAAAAAACGGCGCAAUUCCCGCUCCUCCUGCUGCAGCCACCUCCCCUCGCCCUCCGCCCCCCCUCCUCGCAGCGUAGGCGAGGGCGCCAAAGAGAACGUGCACGAUUUCGUGAUGGAGAUCAUCGAUAUGACGUCCCUGGCCCUGAAGAGCAAAGAGAAUCAGCCCGAAGACCCGAACCAGCACGACAGCAGCGGGUCCAACCCAGACCAGGGUCCUGCAUCGCUAGCGCAGAUCAGAGACAAGGUACCGAAUUAAGAAUGAAGAGAGAAAUCCAACUGAGAAAAUAUCAUUAAAAAAUCAGCCU